UUUUGGUGUCGUGAUUCAUCCAAUUAGAACAUGGAAUUCUAUGUGGUUUUAAAGUGCAGAUUUCAUGAAAUGGAGGUGAUGAAGUAGGAAAACUCUGUUGCUUCUUUGAUAGCUAAGCCUUGGUAUCGAAGCCUCGUUACAGUUCCUAUCCGGUGACUCGUCUGGUCCAUCGGACGGUAGGUUUCGUUCUACGUGGCAAUGACGACCCUUCCCCCGUGCAGGGAGUCUGUGAGUGCUGGACCGCUGGUCAGGUCACUUGAGUGGUUCAAAUUCUCCCCUUGUUUGUGGUUAUGAUACAAACCAAAUCGAAUAGUUAAAACGCCGUCGCUUCAAUCCUUCCGCGUGACCGUUUGAUUCCGAUCCAUUUUUGCCUGUCGUCGCGUUGAAUGAAGCAACUAGUGCCCUGUUUAUCUUUUAGCUCAGCUCUUCCAAUAGCGUUUCUUUUCCCUUUCCAAUUUUUAUGCGUCUUUAGAGGUCCUCUGAGAAAGUGGAACCAAGCUUGAACAUGAAAUUAAUCCUGGUCUUAGGCUACAUAGUAAAUGAAUCAAGUUAAGGGCUGUUUGGAUAGUGAGAUGAGAUGAGAUGAGUUGAUAUAAUUCAUGAAUAGUAGUGAGAUUAUUAGUUGAAAUUAGAUGAGAUGAUGGUUUCAUCUCACCUCUGUAUCCAAACGGACCCUUAACACCUUAGUGCUCGACUUGACUUUCUGGUUUGAGGUCCUGAUAUUUUUGUAAAUUUUACAACAUUUUAGUGUGUGUGACCCUUUCAUGCGGUUGGUAAUUCAAGCUAAUAUCCUAUUGGGUCAACCUUUACUUCAAUACUGAGACAGUAUUCUCCAUUGGUUGAUAAUCAAGAAUCACCUUUGUGCUUGCUUCUAUUCUGUUCUGGGGUUUGGUCUAGAGGAGUACACUAGAUGCUUUCUUACACCUUUAUCUUCGUGAAUACAUAAACUUUCUGGUUAGCAUCUAACUUUAUAUGAGUUGUUUAGCUGUAGCAUGCUGAAUGGUUUAAAUACUUGUCUCCUGUCCUUUUGUCUCUUUUUAUUCUUCCUGCAUCUCUCGGGUGCCUUUGUUGUUACCCGUUUGAUUGUUUGCUGACAAGUUGAGUGAUUGCUUUAAAUCCUUAUUAUUCUUACCAGCGGGCUCAUGUUUGCGUUUAGUUGAGAAAAUUAUAUGGGCAAUACCCAGCCCAAUGGUAUUUCAUUUUGUUCAAUGUCUGGCAUGUUCUUCUAAUGACCCAAACUGGUGCCUUGUUGCAGCCUUACAUGAGAAGUUUCUGGCACGUUAGAUGAGGAGGAACUUAUUCCAACAAAAGUUUUUCAUUUGAUUGCAAUCUAAGAAGGUAAAACCAAGUAUGAAAGAGAUUGACAAGAAGAAAAUUUCACAUAACAACCAGACAAAGCGUUCUGGAAGGAGAGACAAUAAACUUCAUCAAGAAAAUGUCAGUAAAACUUUGAAAGCAAAAGAAUCCCGUUCUAAAGCAUCAUUCUCUAAACCAGACUCAAGUGCUUUAGUAAUUGAUUCGAACACCGGCACAGAGCCCUCUGAAGUCUAUGAAAACGUGGUUAUACAUUAUGUGGAUGAUCUCAACAGGUUUGAAGAGGCACCUCGAGAUUUGAGAACCAAUGCAAUGAUCUCUAAAGAAAGCAAGGAUGAAGUUGUAGAUAAUCCUUCUAUUGAUUUGGAGAAAGAUCCUAACGAGCGGAAGGAAGAAGUGUCAUAUUCAGAGUCAGUAAAAGAUUCAAUAUCGUCUCAAGGGGAUUUGCUGACUGCUGAUUGUGAGAAUGUAGAAAGAGCUUCGGGCCUUGAAAGGAGUCCCACAGGUCCUGGCAGAUCAAAAGAGAGAUCUGAGCCCCAAUCAAACCAACCCCAAUCUAAAGAAUUACAUAACACUUCUAAGAAAUCCACCAGUGCAAUUAGGGGGCCUCCUAAAGUUGUUGACCAAAGUUCUUCCGAGACUGAUUCAGAGAAAAUGAAAUUUGCUUCUGAAACUUCAUCAGAAUCUUCUGCAGGAGUUGAUGAUAAGCCUGGUGAAGAGGUAAAAGAAGUUGAUGUUUUGGAUGGGGCCUUAAAUAGUGCUCAGAGUAUUGGAACCGAUGGCGACAUAGUUAAUGCUGAAGAAAGUGAUGAACAUGAGGAUGAGACAGCUUUGGAGCAAAAGAUUGAAGAAAUGGAAAUGAGAAUUGAAAGACUUGAAGAGGAGCUGAAAGAAGUUGCUGCUCUUGAAAUUUCUCUCUAUUCUGUGGUACCUGAGCAUGGGAGCUCAGCACAUAAGGUGCACACACCUGCUCGGCGCCUUUCUAGACUCUACCUUCAUGCUUGCAAACAUUGGACUCUAGACAAGCGAGCCACAGUUGCUAAAAAUACCAUAUCGGGGCUUGUUUUAAUUGCCAAGUCCUGCGGUAAUGAUGUUCCAAGGUUAACCUUCUGGUUGACAAACACUGUUGUGCUGAGGGAGAUAAUCUCACAAGCAUUUGGGCGUUCCCGUCAGUUCAGUCCAGUGGCAAGACUUUCUGAGUCAAAUGGGAGUAGCAAGAGCAGUGAAGGGAAGUCUACAACAUUGAAAUGGAAGGGUGGCUAUGGUAGCAAACAGGCUAACGGUUUUAUGCAGCUCGUUGAGGAUUGGCAGGAGACAGGAACCUUCACGGCAGCAUUAGAAAAAGUUGAAUCCUGGAUUUUCUCUCGGAUAGUUGAGUCAGUUUGGUGGCAGGCUUUAACUCCGAACAUGCUCUCCUCAUCUGAGAAUAUGUCAACCAAUAAAAACAUUGGAGGGUUGUUGGGACCAGCCCUGGGUGACCAGCAGCAAGGCAGCUUUUCUAUCAACCUCUGGAAAAAUGCUUUUCAGGAUGCUUUUCAAAGGCUAUGCCCUGUUCGAGCAGGGGGGCAUGAAUGUGGUUGCUUGCCAGUAUUGGCAAGAAUGGUUAUGGAACGAUGUGUUGCCAGACUAGAUUUUGCAAUGUUCAAUGCUAUUCUGCGUGAGUCUGCCCAUGAGAUUCCAACUGAUCCUAUUUCAGAUCCCAUUGUUGAUUCCAAGGUUCUGCCUAUUCCAGCUGGAGAUUUGAGUUUUGGAUCUGGUGCCCAACUCAAAAAUUCUAUUGGCAACUGGUCUAGAUGGCUUACUGAUAUGUUUGGCAUGGAUAGUGAUGAUUCUCUGAAGGAAUAUCAGCAUGGCAGUGAGGAUGAUGACAUGCAGGGUGGAGCUAGUGAACCUAAAUCUUUUCUUCUUCUUAACGAGUUGAGUGAUCUCCUGAUGCUUCCAAAGGACAUGCUUAUGGACCCACCCGUUAGAGAGGAGGUGUGCCCAUCAAUCAGUCUUCCAUUGAUCAAACGGAUACUCUGCAACUUUACCCCAGAUGAAUUCUGUCCGGAUCCUGUCCCAGGAGCUGUAUUGGAGGCGCUGAAUGCUGAGAGCAUUGUGCAUCGGAGAUUGUCAGGAGAUUCUGCUAGAAGCUUCCCUUAUACAGCUGCACCUCUUAUUUACAACCCUCCUUCCUCCGCUGAGGUGGCAGAGAAAGUUGCAGAGGCUGGAGAAAGACCUCCAUUGGCAAGGAGUGCGUCUGCGGUACAGAGGAAGGGGUAUAAGAGUGAUGAAGAACUAGAGGAACUGGAUUCUCCUCUUACAUCCAUCAUUGAAAAACUGCCUUCUUCACCAACGAUCACGGCAAAUGGAAAUGGUAAACAGGAACAUACCGAUUAUGCCAGCACAAAUGCAAGGUAUGAACUCCUUCGCGAGGUUUGGUCCGGUGAAUGUCAAAAGAGGGACUUGUAUAUUUAAAUUUGUUGCCUUUGUUCCCUCAUUUAUUUUCACAAUUUCAUGUCUCUUCUUGGUUGUCUUGUAUUGUGGCCAAAGCCCAAGCCCUAAGGCAUCAGCUUCUUUGUAUAUUAGACAGUGUUCAAUUACCAUAUUCAGUUUCAUGAUU